ACUAACCAGCGAUUUCCACCAGCUAAACUUGACUAGCUGUGACACUAACCAGCGGUUUAUUAGCCGGGGAGGCGUUAAACAGCGAGCUCUGGAGGUGAAAGAAACCAGGAGGUCGGUGAUGGCGCUGGUGGAAAUAUUCGCUCUCUUGUUUUUUCUCAGCCGGUUCGCUAGCCCAGCAUGUCAGAGUGGAACAUAGUGUGUCUGGGUUUGUGGGCAGCCAGAUGGCCUUACGCUGCCAGUUUGUAGACCCGGGCAAGACUGUGACGGUCACACAGGUGGCGUGGGUUAAGGACCCAGCAGGUACCAAGAUCAACCUGGCCGUCCACAACCCCGACCUGGGAACAACCUACCCGUCAGUGCCCGAGAUCGGGGACCGUUUCCGUUUCCGUGCUCCCAGCCUGACAGACGCAACUUUAAUCAUCGACCCACUGCAGAUGAGAGACGAUGGCAUCUACAGCUGCGAGUUUGCCACCUUCCCUGAGGGUAACCAAGAGGGCACAACCAACCUCACCAUACUGGCCCGCCCGACUAACACAGGCACGGCACUGCUGGUUCGAGCUGGGGCUGCAGAGGUGGCUGUCGCCAGCUGCCAGUCAUCGGGGGGAAAGCCUCCGUCCGUCAUCACCUGGCGAGGCGCCGUGAUGCACAACACAUCGUCCGAGACGGUGUUGGAAUCGGACGGGACUUCCACCGUCACCGGCAAAUUCCUCGCUGUUCCCACCGGCCACAUGGAUGGAGAGGAGGUGGAGUGUAUCAUCACGCAGCAGACACUCGAGAUGCCACUGGCCAUCCCCAUCGCUCUCAGCAUUCAGUACCCGCCCAUUGUGACCAUCGAGGGCUAUGAUGGUGACUGGUUCCUCAACCGUGAGCACGCCUCCAUCACCUGCAAUGUGAAAGCCAAUCCCACCGCAGAUACAUACAACUGGAAAAUGAAUGGCGGAGAGAUGCCCUCCUCCAUCAGAGUGGUCGGGCACCAACUGACCGUGGACAGUGUGAGCUACAAAGUCAACGGGACAUUCACCUGUGAGGCCAGCAACUCGCUGGGAACAUCGAGUGGCAGUGUGGACAUUGUCGUCAGAGAGCACAAGCUGAGUGAGAGCAGUAACGCAGGGGCCAUUGCAGGAGGUGUAAUCGGAGGGAUACUAGCCCUUCUGCUGGUCGUCUGCCUGGUCGGUUUCAUUCUACACCGCAGGCGGGCUGCCGGCCAGGCCUCGGGGUCCUACUCCCCCAAGACCCGGGUGUUUGGGGCACGCAACGGGGACCCGGGACCCCGUCCCGACUUCACCUACCGGCCCGACUCGGACUCAGAGCGGGGCCCCAGCUUGGCCCCCACCACCACCGUGACCAACACAUACAACAACACAGUGGCCACCCCCCUCCGCGGGGCCGAGGAGGACUCUCCGGACAGUCCGCCCCCUCUCCCCUGGCGGGACGAGGGAAUGAUGGACGAGGAAGGGGGAAUGUUCCUCGCCGAGAAACCAACGGACAUGCCCACAGAAGACGAUAUGGAAUCCCAGAGGGAUGGGUCCAUCAUCUCCAAGAAGCCGGUCUACGUUUGAGAUCUUCCUCCCAUCUCCCUCGCCUUUCUCCCCCCUCCGUCUGGAAGUGAGGGAUCUCCCUCGCCAACCCCUCCUCAUGAGGUUGUCCCCAAGGAUCAAAGACUUCUUUGUGUUGGAGUGAAAUGUCAAAGAUGUUGACUUGGAUUUCUUCGCAUUGGAGCCAAAUGUCAAAGAUGUUGACUUGAACUUUUUGUUAGUCUACCUUCUUCUGGAGUCUACCUGUUUGCAUUGGACUUCACUCACGGACAACAGGUGCAGGAGUACAGGCCAUUCGGCCCCUUCGAGCCAGCACCAUUCGCCAUUCAAUGUGAUCAUGGCUGAUCAUCUACUACCUAUCUCUGCCUUAAAAAUAUCCACUGACUUGUGGCCUCCACUGGCAUCUGUGGCAGGAUCUCUGGAGAGAAGGAAUGGGCGACGUUUCGGGUCGAGACCUGGCUAAGCCCAGAGAGUUGUGUGAAUCUGUGGGAUUCUCUGCCACAGAGGGCAGUGGAGGCCAAGUCACUGGAUGUUUUCAAGAGAGAGUUAGAUUUCACUGUUAGGGCUAACGGAAUCAAGGGAUAUGGGGAGAAGGCAGGAACGGGGUACUGAUUUUGGAUGAUCAGCUAUUGAAAC